AUGUCUUUCAACUCACCAUUUUUCAGUUUCUUUGACGCUAUUAACAACGAAGUGGAAAAUUUCAAUAGAAUUUUGGACAAUUCUGGUUUUAAUGAUUACUACCCACAGCGUCAAGUGACCACUGGUAAGAAGGCCAAUGACAAAACAUUGCAAAAAACCAAUGCUGACGGUAAGUGGGUCGACGAUUGGUCAUUGUUGCCCACAAGAUUUGGAUCAAGUGGAAUAAUUCCAGCUGUGGAUCUAUUGGAACAUGAGAAGAAUUAUGAAUUAAAUGUUACCAUCCCAGGUGUGAAAGAUAAAAAAGAUAUUAACUUGGAAUAUCACAAGGAAGCCAACCAGAUUAUUGUUAGCGGUGAGAUUCCAUCAACCGUUACGGAGGAAAACAAGGAUAAAGUGAGAGUCAAAGAAGUUGCAUUCGGUAAAUUUAAACGUGUAAUUACAUUACCAAAGGCACCUGGCGUAGAUGCCGACAACAUAAAGGCAGAUUACAAGGAUGGUAUCUUGAAAUUGAAUGUGCCAAAGCUGGAACCUACUGAACCAGAAAACCAGGUGAAGAAAAUUGAAAUUUCUUCUACAAAUUGA